AUCUAACACCAAACAGAGCAUUUAACAGUUGUAUAUAAACCCUCCCCUCUUUCUCAUCCUAAUAACCAUUCAAAGUAAAUUUUCUCUCUAAAAUUUAAUAAAUGGCCUGCAGCAAAAUCCAGAAAAUUGUCAAGCUCCGGCAAAUGCUCCGCCGGUGGCGGAAGAAGGCCACAGCUUCCGCCCGCAACCGCGGCCGCGUGCCGCCCGAUGUUCCCGCCGGACACGUGGCGGUGACGGUCGGGAGCAGCUGCAAGCGGUUCGUGGUUCGCGCCACGUACCUGAAUCACCCGAUUUUCGCGAUUCUGUUGUCGCAGGCGGAGGAGGAGUACGGAUUCGACAACGCCGGCCCGCUCGCCAUUCCCUGCGACGAAUCGCUGUUCGAGGAGAUCCUCCGGCAGCUGGCCCGACCCGAUUCGAGUUCCAAAUCCCCCGCCCGGUUCUUCAGCACUCCGGAUUUUCAGAGAAGUCGCUUUGUAGGUGCGAUCCGGACCCGUAUGGACCCGUUUCCCGAGUCGCGGCCGCUUUUGCAAGGCGAGAUCCCGAGUUGGUGAGGUACAGCGACGAAUAUGGUGGGGUCGACUCGUCCGAGUUGCAUCGAUCGCUGUGUUGACUCGGUCGAUGACUUUAUUUUCGGGUUAUGAAACUAUAAAGUGAGUGUGGAGAUGGCACACAGUCGUCCCAAACGAUGAUUAAUUAGGGAGCUUGCUUGUACAUCCAAUUUAAUCGAAAAAAUAAUAAUAAAAAUAGUUGAGAAGU